AUGAUGCUGGGCGCUUUGGAAUUGGCUGGCCCCCCGUGGGGCUGGGACAUGGAUGGGGAUGAGGACUGGGACAGUGCUGUGCUGACUCUGCUGGCACUGGCUGUGGUGGCAGCCACAGCACUGGCCUUGCACUGGUUCAGUUCCGGACAGGACCAGGAAAUGACAGGACCAGCGAAUGCAGCCCCCCAGAUCCAGCCUUCUCAAGUAACGGGAUCUGGGCAGGCUCUGCCCCCAAAGAAGGUCAGUGACAGCAUCAAGAAGCCACGGCAGAGGAAGUUGGAUCCUCCAGGACAUAACCAGGGGAGCCCUGUAGCUUCAGGGGCUGAGGCCCAGGAGUCCUGCAUGGGGGACUUGACAGCUACAGUGGGGUCUGCAUCCAAGAUGCCUGGAGACACAGUCAGCAGUGCAGCCCAUGGACAGCUGCUUAGCACAGCACCAGGCACUGUCUCCCUGGGGAGGAGCAGAGCAGGUGGGACGUCUGGCCCCAUCCUCAUCCACUUCACACCUCGAGAUGUUGGAGAAGCGGAGAAUGAGCCUAAGAUAGUUUGUCCCAAGGAGUCUGCAUACCAGGCCUUCAGACACACAGCUCAACUGGACAUCAGGUCCUGGCAGCCAUGGGCGGGCCUGCCUCAUUUGCGGAAGAGAGGCCGUGGUAACGGGCAGUGGCAGGUGGAUGGUGACUCAGGAGAUAGGCCCAGCCGUCCCCCCAGGCCGGAUCCCCUGCGGCUGGGUAACGUGGUGAGUGUGUGGGAUGCCGUGGACGCUGCUGCUGUGGAUGCCUCGGCCUCUCAUCUCCGUGGGGGCUGCCGAUAUGCCAUCGCUGGCUCCCCUUCAGACAUGGCUCCUUCUGGAUGUAGUCAGGGUCCUUCCGAGGAUGAGCAUCUCAGAGCAAUCCCAACCUCAGCCUCAACUUUAACCCCAACCCCAACCCCAACCCAAGCCUCAACCUCAUCCUCAAUCCCAACCCUAGCCUCAGGCUCAACUCCAGCCUCAGCCCAAGCCUCAAACCUCAACCUCAACCCCAGCCCGAGCCUCAACGUCAACCUCAACUACAGCCCCAGCCUCCACCCCAAUCUCAACUUCAACUCCAACCUCAACCUCAGCCUCCACCCCAAUCCCAACCUCAACUCCAACCUCAAUCUCAGCCUCCACCCCAAUCCCAACCUCAACCUUAACUCCACCCCCAGCCUCAACCCUAACCCCAUCCUUGACCUCAACCCCAACCUCAGCCUCAACUCCAUCUCAACUCCAACUCUAAUUGCCUCAAUCCAAACUCCAAAUCCAGCCCCAACUGCAGCCUCUACUCCAACCCCAAACCCAAUUUCAACCCCAGCCCCAAUUCCAGCCCCUACCCCAACUCCAAGCCUCAGCUCCACCAAGUCCUGUGGGGAGACCUACCUCACGGGAGUCCAGAAUUACCCCAUCUAA